GAUCCGCCUAAAUUAUUAGCCCUCCGAAUUAGUAAGGGGGUAAUAAAAAUUAAAGAUUAUAAUAGAAAGGUUAAAAUCCUUAUUGAUCGUUUCUUUUUAAAGGUAGAUAUUCCAAUAGAAUAUUCAAUAAAUUGGAUUAUAUUGAUAAAUAGCGUUAAUCUAAUAGUUAUUAGUAAAUUAGUUAUUAAGGAGGUUAUUUAA